CUGGCUCCAUCCGUCUCCUGCACUGACCUUUUCCUCCACGUUUCCGGCAACUGCAAGCAACCACUGAUCCAGCCCGUUCUGUGUCCCGGCGAAUGGUGACGAACCAGGACGCGGAUGCGGCAGCGCCAGGGGCAGGGGCAACGGUAGAUCCGAUGCGGCUAGCAUCGCGGUGGCGAUCCCGGCCAGAGUGGAACUGCGCGUCGGCGGAGCUGGAGGCUGAGCCGUCCGAGCUCAACACCGUCAACAGCUCGGGACUCUUCUCCGUCGUCUCUACCGACAAGUUAUCGGUAAAAUACCUCGGCAGCCAUCACCACGGCCACGACGUCGGUGUCGUGCAGGCCGACCGUCCCGCGCCGACGCGCCGAGCCGUGUACUACUUCGAGAUGGGCGUCAGGAAUGCUGGAUACAAGGGGCAGACAUCCAUUGGGUUCACGAGCGAGAGCUUCAAGAUGAGGCGACAACCGGGCUGGGAGACAAACAGUUGUGGAUACCAUGGUGACGACGGCCAUCUUUAUCGGGGUCAAGGGAAAGGUGAAUCAUUUGGGCCAAAAUUCACAUCUGGUGACAUAAUUGGUGCUGGCAUCAACUACUUGUCACAAGAAUUUUUCUUCACGAAAAAUGGUACUCUGGUUGGAGCCAUUCCAAAAGAAAUUAAAGGCCCACUAUAUCCUACCAUUGCAGUUCAUAGUUACGGUGAAGAGUUGACUGUAAACUUUGGAAAAGAACCAUUCUGUUUUGACGUUGAGGGUUAUAUUCUUGAGGACAAAAUGAGGCAGCAAUCAGUGUCUGAUAAAUUGAACUUGGAGCCAGACAUCAGCCAUUGGAUUGUCCGUUCAUAUCUCCUACAUUAUGGAUACCAAGAUACAUUAAAUGCUUUUGAUAUGGCAAAUGCAACCGAUCGCCCCACCAGUCGCCAAAAUGGUAAUGCAGAACCUCCCGAAAUGUAUGGUCUUAGCCAUAGAAAACUUUUGCGUCAGCUUAUCAUGAGUGGAGAUAUUGACUCUACAUUCAAAAGACUUCGGGAGUGGUAUCCGCAAGUGAUAAAGGAUGAGCAAUCGGUUAUUUGCUUCCUACUUCGUUCUCAAAGAUUCAUAGAAUAUAUCAGGGCUGAACAACUGGAGGUUGCCGUGAAAUAUGGUCGUGCUAACCUGGCAAGCUUCUUCACCCACAAAGCUUUUGAGGGGCUGCUGAAAGAUAGUGUGGCCCUACUUGCGUAUGAGAAGCCUACAGAAUCAUGCUUGGGAUACCUGAUGGACUCUUCCCAGCGUGAAUUUGUGGCGGACGCGGUGAACGCGGCUGUCCUGUCGACGAACCCCACUGUGAAGGACCCUGAGAGCUGCCUUUACUCGUGUCUCGAGAGGCUACUAAAGCAGCUCACAGUAUGUAGCUUUGAGCGACGUGCAUUCAACAACUACCAAGGAGAUGCAUUCUUACUCCACAAAGAAGUGCAGAAUUAUGAAAGGUCUAGGCGCUCAUAGGCAUCGGGUUUGAUGCGCAUCUCAGAAGUAAACUCAGAUGCUAGACUCCCAAGUCUCAACUGCUCUUUGAAGGGACGAAGGUUCAGAACCAAGUGGUCGACCAUGCUAAGCACAAAUCCUUCCCCUUGAUGCAGCACCCCUACUUUCGGAAGGGUGGAUACAAGAUUUCACAGACAGAGGUCAGGCUUUCGGAAGGUGUCUUAUCCUCCCUGUAAUCAGAAAACUACGUUUCAGUCUCCCUAGUUUUUUUUGUUGGUUGGCUAAUAUGCUGUUUGACAUUGACAUUGUGGAUGCUAAAAAGUAAAGAUGCUUUAAUGUAUGCCCACCUUUGAGAACA